GAUACGAACCUGGAACACGUGUCGGCUAACGAGUGCGUUAAAAAAGUGACAAUCGGGCAAUGGCGGCAAUCGAGUGAAACAAUGCAAGACACGGAAUCCCUGUCCCCCACAAGCAGCCCCCGCGAAAUGUCCCCCUAUCUCUCGCGCACCCCCAGUCCGGCCCUGGAGCCCAAAUACGUGUCCGACGACGAGAUCAGCGUCGGGUGUCCCAGCCCGCGCGAGCCCCCCGACCCCGAGGACUACUUCAAGCCCCUCAAAAAACUCAAAAUGCUGGAAAUGCCGACGGUGGAGCUCGACGAGCGCAGCGACGGCGUCAAAAGCUUCUCCAUCGUGGACAUCCUCAACCACAAGCCCAAGACUCAAAGCACGAGGAUUGUGCGGCCGUGGGACUUGGACCCCGAUAUCGAGGCCCAACAGAGACUAGAGACUUUCCAUCGGCACCUCAAAGUCCAACAAUUGGCGCUUUUGAGGCCCGAGUUUGCCUUCAACGCGAGUUAUACGUCGGAAACCGGAAGUGAUAGGUCGUCGAGUGUCGCGAGCGAUUGUUGUUCGCCGGAUAUUGUGCCAGCGCAAAGACAGAGACAGCAAGGGAAGCCCCAAGGGACCCCUCUGGAUGCACUCUUCCAAAUGACGUCCAAAACCUUCGAUUCGAGCUCGGGCGAGACGAGCGCAGACGCCCAGAGCCACCUGAACCUGUUCAACGGCCGCCAGCAGCCGAAGAAGAAGCGAAAAUCGCGGACGGCCUUCACCAACCACCAGAUUUUCGAAUUGGAGAAAAGGUUCCUUUACCAAAAAUACCUCAGUCCUGCCGAUCGCGACGAAAUCGCCUCCAGCCUCGGCCUGACCAACGCCCAAGUCAUCACGUGGUUCCAAAACCGGCGAGCCAAGCUCAAAAGGGACAUGGAGGAGCUCAAAAAGGACGUCGAGAGUGCAAAACUGCUCACAGCGCACAAAAGCUUCCUCGAAAACGUGCAAGACUUGGGGAUUUUGAAGAAGAAAACCGUGAUCAGUGAAGACGACUGUCCCAAAAACUUGGUGGUGACGACGGAAAAGUGAGACUUUCCGAACGAGGUGUAAAUACUGUACAUAGUUUUUGUGUUUGUAAAAGUUGUAAAAAUUAUGCUAACAUGUAAUUAGAUAAUUUAUUGAAGUUUUUCGUCUAUUUGACGGGUAUUUGCAAUAUUUUAAUAUACUUAAAAUGUGUACUAUAUAGAGCUUUAGUACUUAAAUCUGUCCUAGCGUCAAUGUGGAUGAGAA